GCAGUGAGAGCCACUCGCGUUUUUUCCUCAUUAUUUAAGCGUAUAUGCGAUUUCUUUUCGUCGCCUUUCCCUUCUUAAGAGUCUGGAGACAACUUCCUGGAAACCUUGCUGUGUAGUGGUGCCAGCCCCCUUCUUUCUCCCCCCCUCCUUCCCCACUGCCAGCUGAGUGACGUCUCGCAUGGAGAGGAAAAAGGGGGGAGCUGAAAACUCGGCGCGCACACUGAAACCUCUCAUUCAUUUCGUCCUUAAAUGCGACCGGUUGCAGAGACGGGGGGGAAAAAAACAGCCUCGGAUUUAAUUAGCUGGGUUCUCUCAGUCCUCUGCUUAGUGAUCGCUCAUUUGCGCGGGUAUUAAUCUUUCUCUCUUUUUUGUCUUACUGUCUCUCUCUCGCUCUAUCCUGUGCUCUCCCUUUCUUGCUCUCUCUGGAGGCUGUGGAGAUGAUUAUGCACCCAUGGGAGACAGACACCACAGCCGAGCCAAGCUUCCGUGCGCUUCCGUGGAGUUGUUAUGGCCGGGAAGAAUGUCACCCACUUCUGCCGGUGCACAAAUUUCAUUUUGAGCGCAGAUUUUGAGAGAUAAUCACUGCCCCCCUUUUUUUCCCACGGAAUUUGCUUGAAUUGCGAUUGUUGAGGUAUUUCAGAUUUGAGCAGAGCGCAACUUGCCUGCGUUUCCAACAGCCAGUUAAUCUUCGGAGUGUGAUCACUGAUACUGUCCGUCUAAUGGAUGGGGGGAGCUGAAUUACUGUCGGGGUCUUCACUAUUCAACAAGCUGCGCUGCUCGCUCCUCCUGGCUGCACAGCGAUGGGCGCAGUUUGCCUGAGCCUUUCAUUCCGUCUCGCUUCUUCGGCCCAGCUUGUUGAAUCUCCACCUUGGUGACUAAAAUGGAGAUUUUCUAACAAACUUCAAAAAUCAUCAUCAGUCGACUCCAUCUUUCGUACAAAAGUUGAGCAUGGCGCGUCCGGGUCUUUGCGUCUGGAGACUGUUUUGGCUCCUGAGCGCCUUGGCGGAUUUUGCGCUGCUCCAGGAGACCUACGCGCCACACUCCAUACGGACACAGGGGCACUUGACCCUCGGCGGACUCUUCCCGGUGCACUCCAGGGGACCCGACGGCACGCCGUGCGGGGACCUGAAAAAGGAGAACGGCAUCCAGCGCUUGGAGGCCAUGAUGUAUGCGCUGGACCAGAUCAACCAGGACGAGCAACUCUUACCCAACAUCACCCUUGGCGCACGGGUGCUUGACACUUGCUCGAGGGAUACGUACGCUCUGGAGCAGUCCUUAACUUUUGUGCAAGCCCUCAUCACAAAGGACACUUCAGACGUGAGGUGCACGAACGGGGAGCCGCCGGUGUUCGUCAAGCCCGAGAAAGUGGUGGGAGUGAUCGGAGCCUCGGCGAGCUCGGUGUCGAUUAUGGUUGCCAACAUCCUACGCCUGUUUCAGAUCCCUCAAAUCAGCUACGCGUCAACAGCACCGGAGCUGAGCGAUGACAGGCGUUACGACUUCUUCUCACGUGUGGUUCCUCCAGACUCGUUCCAGGCCCAGGCCAUGGUUGACAUCAUCCAAGCCUUAAACUGGACCUAUGUUUCCACUGUUGCUUCAGAAGGCAGCUAUGGGGAGAAGGGAGUGGAAGCUUUCACCCAGCUCUCCAAGGAAGCAGGUGGAAUCUGCAUUGCCCAAUCUUUGAAAAUUCCCCACAACCCCAAGACGGAGGAUUACGACAAAAUCAUCCAACAAUUGCUGGAAACCCACAACGCACGGGCAAUCAUCAUCUUCGCCAGUGAAGAAGACAUACGAGGAGUUCUCAAUGCCACCAAGAGGGCCAACCAGGUGGGCCAUUUCCUGUGGAUUGGAUCAGACAGCUGGGGUUCCAAGAGCAGCCCGAUCCACCAGCUGGAGGACGUAGCAGUGGGAGCAGUCACAAUUCUGCCCAAACGCUCCUCCAUUGAAGGAUUUGAUGAAUACUUUACGGGCCUCACCCUGGAGAACAAUCGCAGGAAUGUGUGGUUUGCGGAGUUUUGGGAGGAAAACUUUGACUGCCGGCUGCUCAGUGCUUCCAAAAGAGAGGACAGCAGCCGCAAAUGUACAGGCCAGGAGCGGAUUGGGAUCGACUCCAAGUAUGAGCAGGAAGGGAAGGUGCAGUUUGUGAUUGACGCUGUGUAUGCUAUGGCCCACGCUCUGCACAACAUGCACAGAGACUUAUGUCCCAAUCAUCCUGGCGUCUGUCCACAAAUGGAGUCCACAGAUGGGAAGAUGCUGCUCAAGUACAUACGCAACGCCAGCUUCAACGGUAGUGCCGGCACAUCUGUUGUGUUUAACAAGAAUGGCGAUGCUCCAGGACGCUAUGACCUGUUCCAGUUCCAGGUGACCAACUCCUCGGGCCCAGAGUACAAGGUGGUGGGACAGUGGGCGGACACCCUUCAACUCAGGGUAUGGUGA